CCAGGUGUUGGCUUUAGGACUAAGUAUUAUGGAAGUGGAACUGAUGAGGCAUUUACUCUGAGAAAGUUAAAAAGGACCAGCUGGAAGCUACCCCUUGAAACAUUUGUUGGCUCAGACAACAGGCUACUGUGAGGAAAUGAUAUGAAAACCUUAGAGCCUAUUGACAGAAUGUCUGGGCAUGGCAAGAGGAAGGCAAAGCCCUGGUCUUCAAGAUCCCAGUCAAAGAGGGCUGGUUUGCAAUUCCCCGUGAGCCGUAUCCACCGAUACCUGAAGAAGGGGCACUAUGCCGUGAGAAUAAGCCCCAGUGCUGCAGUCUACCUGGCCUCUGUGCUACAGUACCUGAGUGCCGAAGUGCUGGAGGCAGCAGGUUACGUGACCCAAGCAAAGGGGUACCACCGCAUCAUGCCAAGGCACAUCCUGUUGGGCAUUAAGUGUGAUGACGAACUGCAUAAACUGUUCAACCAUGUGACUAUUCCACAAGGAGGUGUCCCACCCAGAAUUGAGAAGCCACUUCUGACCAAGAAAACCAACAAAAAGUCUGUGCAUAGAAAGAGAGCUGCCCCCUGCUAGCUCCUCUCCAACUGCAGCUGAGCCUUGAAAUGAGGGGUGGGAUUUCUGUGCCACAGGCUUCAUUUAGUGCACUUGGUUUGUGUGUUUGCUGCUAAAGAAUAUUUAUUCAGAUGGGUGAUUUGUAUAAUCUUUGAUGUAUGAAA